GAGUAUCAAAUAGAAACCCAUGAGGAGAGAGAAAAAUAGAAACUGUAGUACUCUGUAAAACUUUCGCAUGCUCAACACCGCCAUUCAUUAAAUUUUUGUGUUUUUUAAAUUAGAUUUUACCUUUUUUAUGUAGGUUUCUUUUAAUAAUUUUUUUUUUUACCAAUCACGUAUUGACAUAUGUAAAUUAAUUUUUUUUUUUAAAUCUACUCUAUUGUUUACAGGUCACUUGUAAACAUUUGAAAAAGAUUAACAUUAACACUAGGAUUAUUAAAAAAGAAUAAUUAAAAGGUGUGAUUAUUUUGAAAGACGAGACAAUUUUUUCCAGGGAGUAUUUAAGGAGUACUGCCCAGUUACUCUCAGUGAUUUUUGGUUUUCGGAUAUCUCACCUUCCACGUGGGAUUUGUUAUUAUUUUAUUAUUUUUUGUAAAUGUUGGGGUUUGAGGUGAACUAACGACGUUAAGUUCCCCCCUACCCAACUGUUGCUCAUCCUCUUCAUUCUCUCUCCACUGUCGUCCCAAUUUUUGCUCCCCCUCUUGCCGCAUCUCCUCAAUUUUUCCUCACUUUCGUCAUGGUUUAGAUUGCCAUGGAUCACCAGCUGCUGUAAAUGGUUGCUUCGAAGGUUAGGUCAAACUAUACUAAGCUUUUAAUUGUUUCAUUUCAGUUACUUGCAAUUUGCUUGUUUUGAGAUUGAUUUGUGUGUAAAUUGGCGAAAGGAUGCUUUAAUCUGGUGAAAUUGGUGUUAAUGUAGGUUUAAUCGGUGUUAUGUACUUUUUUGACUACUUGAUUUGUGUGUUCUUUGAUGUAAAUUGGUGAAAUUGUUUCUGUAAUAUGGUGAAAUUGGUGUUCAUGUUGUUAUACAUCUGUUUAAUUACCUCAUAAUCUAGCCACAUUGUUGUUAUAUAGUGUGUUGGAGUUAGGCAGUGUUCUGUUAGUCUUGUUUUGAAUCACAUUAAAUAAAUGCAAGGUUUCUAAAUUUUCCUUUGAAUUUUGAUUGCGAACUUGUUUAAUUAUAUAGUGGUUUUGAUUGACUUGAUGUGUGUAUGACCUAAUCUUGUUUUUGGAUUUCUACUGUUUUGGCUGAUGUUGGGUGGAUUUCUACUAGUGUCUUCACAGUGACCUGUGGUGUUAGUAGUAAUUUAGGAAUAAGGUCAGAGAUGGAUGAGUUAGGGGCAUUGAUUGAAAUAAGCCCUAAUACAGACAAGCUGGAAAACAUUUCCCUUACACCAAUGGGGGAGAUCUCUUCCCCAAUUGGGCCAAUUCAGACCAUAGAGAGCCCUGAAACUGUUUCUACAAAGUCUGUGAUGACCUCUAUUGAACCUCCAAAAGUUGGAAUGGUGUUCAAUGGCUGGCAGGAAAUAGAGGAAUAUUAUAAAUCAUACGCAGAGCAAUGUGGCUUUGGAGUUAGCAGGGUUCACAUUGCAUUCACGAUUAAGAAAAAGAGAAGGGGAAUGAACUGGAAGUGUAAAUGUUGGGGUGCCCCAAAUAUGAGGGCAAAGCGUGACGCAAAUAAAAGGGCAAAGUUAAUGGAAAUUGGCGGAUGUGUUGCUAAUGAGAAUGGUGACAUCUUGGAGGAUGAGCUUGCUAGGGGUAGAAGGAAGUCGAAAAAAUGUUAUUGCCAAGCUAGGAUUUACGGCAGUGUUAAUCGUGAAGGGCUUUGGGUUUUGAUAACGGUGGAGUUGGAGCAUACUCAUACCUUGGACCCCGUUCUGGCUAAGUUAGUUAGUUAAAGAAUUUCAUAUGAAGAAGAUGACGCCGUCAGUUCGUAGGAAAUUGAUUAAUUAUUAUGAGGUUGGAGUACCGGUGAGUCAAAUUCGUGGAUGUAUGAGCACGGAGAAUGGAAAUUUGCCUAAUGUUAAGGAUAUGCAACAUGAGGUUUAUAAGGAUAAACGGUCAAAGAUGGCGGGUGGAGAUGCAAAAGCGAUGAUGGCGUUUUUUGACUACAUGCAGGCUGAAAAUCCGAAAUUCUUCCAUGCUCAUAGGUUGGAUGAAGAAGGUCGGUUGAAGGAUGUACUUUGGGUUGAUGCUAGGAGUAUAAUAGCGUAUGAAGAUUUUGGAGAUGUUGUCUGUUUUGAUGCGACCUAUAUCACAAAUGAGUACGAUCUCCCAUUUAUUAACUUUGUUGGAGUGAACCAACAUGGUCAUUCUCUGUUGUUAGGAUGUGCUCUUGUUUCACGUGAAGACUGUGACACUUUUGCUUGGAUUUACCGACAAUGGUUGACUUGUAUGGGCAACAAAGCUCCCGCAGCUAUUUUAACUGAUCAAGCAGCUGCAAUGAGGAAGCCACUAGCUGAAGUUAUGCCUAACACCCGACAUCAAUGGUGUAUAUGGCAUAUACUGAGGAAAUUUCCUGAGAAACUUGGGAAGUGUGCCAAGUAUAACGAUUUCAAGAAUCCUUUGAAGAAUGUGAUAUACGACAGCUUCACAAUAGAUGAAUUCCAAAGAAGGUGGUGUGAAGCAGUGAAGUUGUAUGAUUUGUAAGAAAAUGAAUGGCUCCAAGAGUUGUUUGUAGAGAGGCACAUGUGGGUGCCUGCGUAUAUGAAAGAGUAUUUUUGGGCUGGGAUGAAAACGACGCAGAGGGUUGAGAGCAUUAAUAGGUUCUUUGAUGGAUUUGUUAAUAGGCACACUAAACUCUAUGAAUUUCCAAAAAAAUAUUCUCAAGCUCUGAAAAAGCGUGUGGAUGAUGAGAUAGAUGCUGAUGAUAGGGACCGCAAAUACAUCAGGCGUCUUGUUAGUGUAUUUAAUGUGGAGAGAUUUUUCCAAAAAAUUUACACUGAUGCAAAAUUUUAGGAAUUCCAAAGAGAAUGUGCUCGAAUGUUGUAUGUUGUUCCGAAGGUGGAGGACAUUAUAAGUGCCACUGCAAUUCAGUACUUGAUUGAAGAUCGAGUUUGGAUCAGGAAAAGUGGCACCAAUGAAGAUGUAGUGACUGAGUGCUACAGGUUUUACACAGUGACAUUCAAUCCAGUUACAAAAGAAUGUAGUUGUGACUGUCGUAAGUUUGAGAAGGAUGGGAUUCUAUGUAGGCACGUCAUAAGAGUGUGGGAUCAGAAUAAGGUCAAAGAUAUUCCCCCCAAGUACGUAAUUUCCCGAUGGCGGAAAGACGUGAUUAGGAGGCACACCCGGGUCAAAGUUGCAUACCAUGAUCCAAGUCAAACAGAGGAAUGCAAAAGGUACAACACGUUGCUACCAGAUCUUGAAUCUUUGUGCGAGGAAGCGUCUACAGUAAAUGAUGACACAGUAGAGAUCGUCCAAGCAGCAGUUAAAAAGCUACGUGAAGAGGUUAGAGCAAGUCGCGCAAAACUAGUGGAGAAUACUGCAUUACCGACCUUUGAAAUUGGGUCUUCACUUCCAGUUCCUCAACCAGCCACCACACCAAGUUCAAAUCCUACUCACCAAUCAACUCCCCAAGCAUUCACACCAAGAUCAACUCUUAGUCACCAAUCAACUCCCCAAGCGAUCACACCAAGAUCUACUCACCAAGCAUCACCCCAUGCAGUGACACCGAACACCGGUUGUGCCAGACCUAACCCCAAUAUUAGUAAAGGAUCUACAACCAACAAUGAUGGAGUUAAAGAUCCAAUAAUUAAAAAAAAACUUCGAGGCCGUCCAAAGGGAUCUCGGAACAAAACCCUUGCUGAGUUAGGUUACAAUACCACCAAGCCUAACACAAGAAAGGACUGUGACAAUAAAGGUCAGUCAGUUGAACCCCGACCCAGUAGCUCCAAUGUCAAAACGAAGUUACCGGUGAAGCGUAAAAAGGGUCAUAACCCAUAUGCUGAGUUUUGGAAUGUUUCGACUGAAGUUCAAGUAUCAUGUGAAGAACUUCCUCUGUAGAUACUGACGGAGGAAUAUUCUACAGACUCCCAUUUAUUCUAAUUAAUCUGGCUUUGUGAGAUAUCACAUAUGUGGGCUUAAAAAGUUUAAUCCAAACACUAGAGUGAGUUUAUUAUCAUGGUGAAUGUUGUCCUGAGUUUGUUAUCCAAACACCCGAAUUAUGUUAAUUGUGAGCUCGAUUUAGAAACUUUGUGUUGUUAAUGGUGUUCUCGUUUCAUAUUUA